AUGUCAGCCGACACGACUGCAAGACGGCGGCAUCAGGGAACCGACCGGCAUCACUCAUCGUCAAACAAGCCUUUGGCUGUGCGGAGCAUCGACCAGGAUGAGCGAGACGAUGAGACAGGUCGUACCGGCGCCCUCGUCGUCACUGCUUUCUCCUGGCUCGUCAUGGCCAUCUUCUGCAGCCUCGUACUGAGCAGGAUGAUCACCGAGACCUGGCUCUGGGGCUAUGACGGUCAGUAUUCGGAUCCGAAGCAUGUCAUCCGAAAAUGGACGACCCCACAGCAGACGUUCACCGAAGCCCAGCUGAGGCAGUUCGAUGGCACAGACCCGAGCAAACCCAUCUACCUCGCCGUCAUGAGCGAUGUCUUCGAUGUCUCUGCUGGCAGAAGGAUGUACGGUCCUGGCGGGAGCUACCAUCACUUUGCAGGACGAGAUGGCUCGAGAGCCUUCACGACCGGCUGCUUCGAAACCGACCUCACUCAUGAUACGCGCGGCCUGAGCGAGAAGGAGCUUCGGACUAUACAGGGAUGGCAUAGCUUCUUCGAGCGCUCCAAGAAGUACUGGAAGGUUGGCAAAGUCCUCUCGCGCCCGAUAGAUCCUGAUUCGCCUAUACCUCUGCCCUGCAAAAACGGCAAAGGCUCAUGA